CUCAGGCGCAAACCUCGGCACGGCGUCCAUUCUACCCAAACCUACCGCCCCGCCGUCAAGAACAACGAGCCAUGGCCGAUAUCCAAAUCGAGAAGGCGUACCAAAAGCAGUUCCUCUUCCAGAACGCGAAGGCCCGGGGCACCAAGAAGGUCUCUACGAGGGAGAAGCGGUGGUACAAGGAUGUCGGCUUGGGCUUCAAGACCCCUGCUGACGCGAUUAACGGCACAUACAUCGACAAGAAGUGCCCCUUCACUGGCGAUGUCUCUAUCCGUGGCCGUAUCCUGACCGGCCGUGUCGUUUCGACAAAGAUGACCCGCACAAUCAAGCGGCACAAGAACUUGGCCGCGCACGUCUCGCCCUGCUUCCGUGUCGAGCUCGGCGAUGUUGUCACCGUUGGCCAGUGCCGACCGCUCUCAAAAACCGUCCGGUUCAACGUGCUCCGGGUAGCCAAGAACAAGGCGGCGGCGAAGUCGUUCGGCAAGUUCUAGGCCUGAGGCACAGAGCUUGUCGGUGUAUUGGGGGCAUACGAUAUGAUAUUACUGCUUUCUCGUGUAUGGACGCAUUGCAAUGACCAUAGGCCCAUGCGAAUGACCCAGCUAUUCUUCGCUUGUA